AUGUUACGACGGCUAGCUGCGUUUAGGCCACUGCGGGCAGUAGGGAAUUCAGUAUUUGCUGUUCCUCUUGGCGCUAUUGGUUUCCGUUCUCAGGAUUUUAGUACGAGCAACGGUGGGAAUGACAGAAAGAACAGUAACAGCGGCACUAGCACCCAUUUUGACAUACAGGAUGUCGAUGCCGAUCGCUUAACGCAUCGCUAUUGGGAUGAUGUGGAUUCACCUUAUGAUGUUGAGAUAAUAGAACUGGUAGAGGAGUUGGGUCCAGAUAUUUAUGGUAGCAUUUACCCGGAGGAUCGCCCUUUGCUCUCGCAGGAAUUUCUUAAGGUUUAA